AUGGCCGACUGGGCGGGGCUCCACAAGGACCUGCUCGACCUCGUUGCCGUGCGCCUCUCGUCGCUCGACCUCCUCCGCUUCCGCGCCGUCUGCGGCUCCUGGCGCACCGCCACAGCCGCCUUCACCGCCCGCCGCGGCCGCCCGCGCCCCGACCGCCCCUGGCUGCUCCUCCCCACGGAUGUCAGCGCCGACCUCGCCCUCAACCGCGGCCGCCUAAUCGUGUGCUCCGACCGUGAGGUCUCCGUGGGCACGCUCCCAGCGCGCCUGGGCCGCGUGAACCCGCGCCAGUUCGUGCCUCUCGGCUCCGCGCGCGGGGCGAUUGUCGCCGCGGACGAGCGUGGCGAGAUGCACCUGCUCGACCUCGUUUCCGGCGCGCGCAAGCCGCUGCCAGCCGUCGCCACGCUCCCCCUCGUCGCCCGCGUCGAGGGCCUCCAGGUCCAGCACCUCGGCGGCGGCGUCCUCCCAAUCGAUGCCGUCAUCCAGAAGGCUGUCCCGGUGCCCACCCCCGGCGGCGGCGUCAUGGUCCUGGCCAUCUACCGGCAGCUGAACCACCGCAACCAGUGGGCCACGGCGCGGCCGGGCGACCGCGCGUGGAAGUCCGUGGCGCCGACCAGCAUCCCCUCCGUGGUCGACGUGGUCGUCCACCGGGGCCAGCUCUACGCCAACACGAGGUACGGGAUGAUGUACGUCUUCCCGGAGCUCUACGACCUCAACUCCGCCUUCCCCGAGAUCAUCCCUUCGGUGACGCGCCGCCCGAACGCGUACGUGGAGCGCAGCUUUCUGGUGGAGUCCCCCCGCGGCGAGCUGAUGCAGGUGGAGCUGCUCCGCCCCGUGACGGCCGCGGGAGGAGAAGGGUUCGUGGUGCGCGUGCUGGACGAGUGCGGGGAGACGUGGGAAGACACGGAAGACAUCGGCGACGCCGCCGUGCUCGUGGACGCGGCGAGCGCCGUGGCCGCGUCCACCAGGGUGUGCCCCGCGCUGAGGCCCAACACCGUGUACUAUGCCGUGGACCUGGAGGGGGAGACGCGGGUGUGGGCGUACAGCCUCGCGGGCAAGCACAAGCGCAUCGAGGUCGUGGAGGUGCUGCCGACCGCCGACGGGUACAGGGCGCCGUGCUUCUGGUUCGCGCCGGUGUACUCGCAGCGGCAGCCGUGA